GACGACCAAAAUAUUGCCUGGGUGUAAAUCGUGGAAUUCGAAGAAAUAGUGGAAUAAAAACCGACUUUGCUGUGUUUUUCGCGUAUGAAAGGUCUUCAAAUUCCAUAAGUGAUAAGGCAUAACACUGUGGCCAGAACCUUUAUAAGUCCUCAUACCUUUGUAAUAUGCAGACAAUAAAGUGUGUUGUAGUUGGAGAUGGGGCAGUGGGAAAAACCUGUUUAUUGAUUUCCUACACAACAAAUAAAUUUCCCAGUGAAUAUGUACCGACGGUAUUUGAUAAUUAUGCUGUUACUGUUAUGAUUGGGGGUGAGCCCUUCACAUUAGGACUGUUUGAUACUGCAGGCCAAGAAGAUUACGACAGACUGAGACCCCUCUCCUAUCCUCAGACAGAUGUUUUUCUUGUGUGUUUCUCUGUAGUGUCACCAUCUUCAUUUGAAAAUGUCAAAGAAAAGUGGGUUCCUGAAAUUACCCACCAUUGCCCAAAGACACCAUUUUUGCUGGUUGGUACCCAAGUUGACUUGAGGGAUGAUGCUGGAACAAUAGAGAAACUGACCAAGAACAAGCAGAAGCCUAUAGCUGUUGAGGCUGCGGAGAGACUAAUUCGUGAGUUGAAAGCCGUUAAGUAUGUAGAGUGUUCUGCGUUGACACAGAAAGGCUUGAAAAAUGUCUUUGAUGAAGCAAUUUUAGCUGCACUGGAACCUCCAGAACCACAAAAGAAGAAGAUCUGUUCUUUGCUUUGAGAAAUGGAUAGCUCAGAGGGAAUGAGAUACGAUAUUAGACAUUUUGCCACCUGGAUUUAAAAUUUCAGAGGUUUGGGAUGUUUCCUAAACAUUACUGUAGAACAGGAAUCUAUGACAUCUGAAACAAUAUACUUGCAGUAAAAUGUAUCAUGCUUACUGCCACUCGGUGAAGUUCUUGAUUAAUCACUUUUGACAUCUAUAGCUCUUUACAUAUCCAUAAGCUGAUUAAUAAUGUGUGUUUUUGGCACUUUGAUGGUCCUGGAAGUUUGCAAAACCAACAGGAAAUUUUCAAAGGUUUUAAAAAGGUACCUCUGUUCUAUCAGGGAACUUAAGCGAACCAUGAUGGCAAUGACAACAAAAAUAUCACCAAACAAAAGGUUUGAUGAGCAGAAUAAUGGCUAUGCACCUGCAUUUUAAAAUCUUCUUACAUUUCAUAGCUGUCCACUGCAAAGCAACAAUUUGAAAUGACCAAGUUUUGCGUAUUUUGGAGAACGUGGGCCAUGACAGCAAAUUUUUGUCUUUUGUUUUGGAAUUGAUCGCCUACAUUACAUAUUUAGUUUCAGCAGGUUUUCAGACUAAUAAAGGGGUACUGAGCAGAUUCAGAUAGUUACGAAAUUUGAGAGUAAAAUAUCAAUCCAUUUCUUACUAGGCAUUGUCCCUGGUGUCGCCAUCAUCAUAGCUUAAGGUCUCUAAUGUCAAGGAGGAUGAGAAGGAUGUUACUCGGAAUUUAACAGUGGCUUCAGUCUGUUUUUCUAUCCCAUUAUAUAUAACAUUAUUUUGUAAAGUGCAUUUUAUUAUAGUCUUGAGCGAUUAAGUUUCCCAAUUUGCUCUUGAUUAGAAGUCUCGUUUUGUUCAGUGAAACAACUGAAGGCAAACUACAAAGCAGCUGAACAUGGCACCAACCUGACAAACUCAUCCUCUAUUUAUCUAAAUAAUUGAUAGUACCUUUACAAGGUAAUUUUCACAUGUUUUUUACAGUACAUUGAUCCGAGUCAAGGGCGUUUCCUGGCGAGGGGAUGGAUGGUAGAAAUGACAUUUUUAUGAGCUCAGUAAAAAAAUAUAUGUGUACCAAUAUGAGCUUCAAUGAGAUCCAUGGAUGAAUCAAUGCGAAGACAGGCAUCUUCAACUAUCCGCUUAAUUAAGUAAAAGUAAAGAAUUUACGUUUAUUUAGUAUUUCUUCACCAGUUUUACAUAUCCUAAUUGCCUCUUUUUGGAGCUGUGAAGAGGAUGGUAAGACAGUGUAAUACUGUCAUAUAGCAGCAAUUUUUAACUUUUUAACACAGUUGCUUUAUACGAAGAGUUCUGGAUACCUAUAUUCAGUGACAGAAGAAAAAAUAAAUAAAUGAAUAAAAACAGUUAUAAGUAUUUUUAAAUGAAAUUAUAUACAUAGAGUUUAUUAAUAGCAUAACAAAAUAUCAUAAUGAUAUGUAAAUUUUUAAAUUAGGCCAUUUUACAUUUUUGUAUCAUAUUUCGUAGUCUAAAGUACUGAGGGGUACAGAAAUGAUGCUAAAAGUUGAUGAUGAAGUUUUGAAAUUUAAAUGUGAAGUAUAUAAAGAAAAUUGGUAAUUUAACAAAUAAAUAUUCUUUGUUUGGAGA